AGGCCAAUAAACACUGAAGAACAGAAUCACAUAAUUGGUCAAAAUGGAUGCAAAAUCAAAGAGAAAGAAAAUGAAUGCAGUGCAUAUAGCCAUCCUUAAAGAAAAAGAGACCUGUAAAAUCUUGGUUGAAAACCUAAGCAUACAAUAUAUACUAAACCAAUUGGACCAGGCAGAUAUAUUAGACUUUACAACUAAAGAAAAGAUCAACAAAACACACAGCUUCAAUGAUAAAGUGGCAAUUUACCUUGACUGGUUCAUAGUGAAUGGAAAGGAUGGUGACUUUGAACAUUUUGUGGAAGUAUUGCAAAAUAACUGUGAAUCACACUUGGCACAACUUCUGCUUGAUAAACUGGAGAGUGGCGAGAUUUCCAAAGUUGUUGAAGAUACAACACUUCCAGAAGAUGUCCUUCAAAGAGCAGUGUCAGAAAAAGAUCUGAUGCGACUCUCUAAACACGUUGGUAACAAAGGCUAUGAACUCGGACAAUUACUAAACAUGAGCAGUGGAGAAAUUCAAACACACUUAAUGCAAAACGCUAUGUACCCUUCUGCAGGGAUCAACUCAAUGUUGGUCUCUUGGAAACAGAAACAGGGAAGUAAAGCCAAAGUGGGGGAUAUCAUCGCCAUCUUUGAGGAAUUGGAGAUCCCAAGUGAAGAGUACAUCAAUGUAUUCCGUUGAAGAAUUAUACAAAUGUUUCCCUGUGAAUAGAUGGCGUUUAUGGAAAUAACCUUGACCUUUAUACCAACUGAAGGUAUUUUUUACUAACUAAACGAUAGCAUUGAUUUUGCUGAUAUUAUUUAUAAGUGUACAUGUACACUUUGAUGUUGCUGGUAGCUCCACUAUAUACAGCCAUAUGGAUUUGAUAUA